CGCCCCCGGCGAGCUCCGUGUCGGGGACGAGCGCCGGGACACCGGGGACAGCAGGUUUGCUGAGAACCACAGUAGUUGCCCUCCAUCUCUUAGGCUGAUUAAUAACUUUUUCAAGCCAGGAAAGCUAAUGAAGGCCAAGACAAGGUUUAAAGAAAAGACAGUGGAGGAACUCAGUAAGCUGAACAGGCAAAUAAAACAAGUUCAAAUCCAGCAGGAGCCACUAUUAGAGGAAUACAGGCAGCUACGUGUGGAAAAGUCAGCUGUUCAAGCUGAAAACAAAUUUUUUCUAGAAUACCUGAAUAACAAAACUGAGGAGUGCAGAAAGCAACCUGAGAAGCUGUGGAACAACUAUUUACAAAAAAGUGGGGAGAUUGAACGAAGACGACAAGAAUCAGCCUCCAUAUUUGCAAAACAAACUUCAAUGCUUAGAACAGAGCUCUUGCAAAAGGAAAAGAUCCAAUUCAAUUUGAAGCACCAGUUGCAGGCAGUGAGGGACAUUUCUUUAAUAAAGGAGAAACAGGAGAUGGAAAUACAGACAUUACAGGAGGAGAAAAAAAAAGUCCAAGCUGAGACAGCUGCCAAAAAACAGAAAAUACAGGUCCAUUUUCUCGAGGAAAAAGCAUUACUGGAGAAACAGCUGAGUGAGCCAGACAUGAAGCAGCUGGGAAAGAGAGAAAGAAGAGAGCUUAAUAGGAAGGCCCAGGCCUUGGAGUUGGCAGCAAAGCAGUUUAUUUCUGAGUUCUCCCGUGGCAUCAACAGAGAGAACCAGCAGUUACGGCAGGAAUUACUGCAGCUAAUGCAGCAAUCCCAGAAGUUAGCAGCUACUCAAAGCCACUUAAGAAAUUGUAAGGAUCAUCUGCAGCAGGAACAGUGGUAUCUGGAGGGCUUAAUCCGGGGGAGGCGGAAAUGGCAAGGAAGGCUUAGCUGGUGGUAUCUAGGCAGCCAAGAUGUUGCCCAGACCACACUCGGCCCUGCCCUGGGCUCCAAAUCAAGCAUCAGUCCAGAUGCUAGGUUCCUCAAACAGCACAUUAAAUAAGAACUGGUGCAAGUACCCUUUGGGAACUGCAUUCGCAUGGUUAGGAAGGCUUUUGGAUCUUAAGACUGCUAUCAUAAAGUAUCCAUCGUGAUGUGCUGAUCUGAAGGAUAAGGGCAGUCCUGGCUUUGAACAGCUCUUGAUAACAAGAUGUUCCACAAAA